AUGGAUACAAAGUGCUUUGAUCUGCAAUUUCAUGAUGAAACUAAUCGUCAACAAAUAAUAAAACCAGAUGAAAUCGAUUUGACGAAUGAAAACAAAGUUCUUAUUUCAAAACUUUCAAUCGAUCAACGAAUUCUCAAUGGUAUCAAAGGUUCUUUAUUUGGAUUGGCCAUUGGCGAUGCACUUGGGGCUCAUGUUGAAUUUCGACCACAAACUUAUUUAAAAGAAAAUCCCGUUAAAGAUCUUCAAGGUGGUGGAACAUGGGGUUUGGAAAAAGGACAAUUCACUGAUGAUACAUCAAUGGCAAUUUGUUUAGCGAUUUCAUUAAUUGUUUGUCAAGAUUUUAUCCCAUAUGAUCAAUUAGUUCGAUAUAAAUGGUGGUAUCGACAUGGAUAUAUGUCAUCGACAGGACAAUGUUUUGAUAUUGGAACAGCAACGAGACAAUCAAUUCAAGAAUUUGAAUCGCGUCAAAAGAAAUUUGCACAAGAAAAUCAAAUUGAUCUUGAUGAAAUCGAUCAAUUAAGUGAAAAUAAAGAAUUACUUGACAAAUUCAAUGUUAAUUGUAGUAACGAUGGUGUUGCAGGAAAUGGAGCUUUGAUGCGUCUUUCACCUGUUCCACUUUUCUUCUAUCAAAAUCCUUCGAAAGCCAUUGAAUAUUCAGGAAUAAGUGCAAAAAUAACACAUGGUGAUAAGAAGGCCAUUGAUUGUUGUCGUUAUUAUGCAGCUUUAAUUGUUGCUUCUCUUCAAGAAAAUUAUACAAAAUUAGCUCCAAUUGGUUUUUGUUGGGGUGGUCUUCGAGUAAUGAAAGCAUGUGGAAAUGGAAAUAAUAAUUCUUGGAGUGAAACACCUUAUUUUACUGGUAUUAGUAUUCACGGAUCUCAACUCAAUAUAUUUGAUGCAAAAGUACUUCAAGUUCCAAUGUUAUUUAUUCGUGCUGGAAAUGAUCCAUCAUUUGAUAAUAUAACAUCAAUUCUAAAUCAAAAAUCAUUCGGUAGUCAAUGUGAAUAUAAAGUUUAUGAAAAUAUGAAACAUGGUUUUGUUAGUGCUGGUGCAAAUUAUUCCAAUUCAGAAAAUGUUAUUGCAAUCGAUGAUGUACAUCAUAGAGUGCGAACUUAUUUUGAUAAUCUUUUGAAAAAUAAUUCAACAAAUCUUAACAUUUUAAACAUUGAUAUUCUUUAUUGA